AUGAGGAAUGCGCUCUCUCAUCCCGAUCCUCUGGCUACCACUCAGGCUCGCAACCGCUCCGGCUCGUUGGUUCUCUCUUUGAGCUCAUCUGGCGACGAGAGCCCUGUGUCCGCCGAUGAGUACGGGACAAUACCUGGUCAAUGGCCUCUCACAGACGACGUACUUGCACCGGGGUCACCCACUUCUUCGAGUUCGCCAACCUCGUACGCCCAGUCCGGCCGGUUCUUCUUGACAGAUAAGGUCGUGCGGUUUCUCUCCGGGGGCAUCUUAUUCCAAGUGCAUAGUAGCGUCCUCGAACGUCACUCAGGAUGGUAUCGCGCGUACUUGUCUCAACCCGAGGAUGCGCUGCCGCAAGGCUGGCAAGAAGCGCAGGAUGUACCCGGAGCACCCGAGGGUGUACAUAUCUUCGUUCACAGCGAGCGCCGCGAUGUAUCUUGCUCUCGGCCGAGUUGCAAGGACUCUGUCGCGAACGCGAUCGUUCUCGAAGACGUCAGCGCCGACGAGCUCGAAGCGUUCUUUUCCGUCCUGUAUCCCCGGGACUUCGAUACAUUCGGUCUGAAUGUGCCUGGUUGGACUGCCGUUCUCAAGGCCGCGCACCUAUGGGAUUGCCCUUCGAUCAAAGCACUCGCCAUCACACGCCUCGAUGCCAUCCUCAAGUCCACUUCUUCCAACACGAACUUUGACCCAACCUUCAAGCGGCUAAUGCUCGCCCAAACAUAUGAUGUGCCCGAGUGGGUCGAGACGGCGCUCUCUGGCUUGUGUGGGCGCGGUGCCGCACUUACCGAGGGGGAGAUCGCGCAAAUGCGCGCUAAGGACGUGUGCAGAGUUGUGCAGGAGAGGGAGGCGAGACUGCUGGAUAUGGCUGCGGAGCAUUUUGUGGAUGCGAGUGACUCGGUCGAUACUGGGGUGUCGGAGAAGACGACGGAUAAGGCAAACCCGGCUGGGUCCGCACCUUUGAUGGUACAGGUUGAUGGCCGCCCCGACAGUGGCACAGCACGCUCGCAAGGGGAGCCGCCCGUCGAAAAUUCACUGGUUGUGGAGCAAGACGUGUGGGUGUCCCUCGACUUGGAAAACAUCGACGCCGCCGUUCCACCCUUGCUGGCCAACCUCACAGCCAAGAACCUCGACUACACCGCUAGCGAGAUUGUCGCAUGGGCGAACAGGAGCGUGGCCGAGACCGACAUGCACUCGCUCAAGCGCGUAGCAGAGCUCAUCGUCAAAAGGGCAGCGCGUCUCGCGAACACAGAUACGGAUCUGUACUCCUGCCUUUGCCUGGUCAUAUCCUCGCGCAUCAGCGACGACAUACAUCGCCAACGUGACGGCGAGAUCAUAUUCGGCGAUAUGAUCUUCUGGUCGUUCAUCCUGGACGCGUUCACAGACGCUUUCGAUCUCGUACGCGGGCGCUGCAGAUGUCACGAGAUCUGCGCUGCAGGAGAGCUCGACUGCCGACUGGCUUUGACGCGCUUCUUGGGCACGCUGGUCAGCAACUCCGUCGCACAGGGGUAUUACGUGCGUGCGUUGAUCGAGUUCUUGUUUUCGGGGAUGCACCAACCCCGCGAGGACGACGCGGAGGCGUUGUGCGAGCUGCUGAGGACUGCUGGGGCCGCGCUGGAUACGGCUGAAAGGCGUGAGACGAUGGAUGGGUAUAUGGACCGGUUGAGGGCUAUGGAGAUGAAACUCACGGCUGGUGGGGCCAGGCGCAUUGAACCGCUGGUAGAGGAAAUCAUAGGGUUGCGCGAGCGUGGAUGGGAAGUAGACGCUACACGUGCUUCAUGA